CCCGGAUAUAGACUAUAGUCUUCAUGUCUCUCCCGCAUUGUAAAGACGGAUUGAAAUGCUACCGCGUGAACACAGAACAUGUGGAAACAUAUACCCACGAUGAAGCUUGUGCGUCUUCUGAGCAGAAGAAAAGACAACAUUUCGAUGCAGAGUGUAAUAGAGCUAAGAAGAGCAAGACUGGUUGCAAAACAUCGACAGAACUUCAAGAUAAGAUAAAGAAGGCAUUUCUCGUUGACAUGCCGGAUGAUUUCUACAAGUUCUGGGAGUUUUGUGUCUCACUCAAUUCAGAUCAGCCAUGUGAUGCUCUGCAGGAGACGGUCGGACUUCGGCUAGUGGGCCCGUAUGAUAUCUUGGCUGGCAAGUUUGACAAGGCAGAUCCAGACUCUGUCAACUACCUUCUUCACUGGAGAUAUUUCUAUGACCCACCAGAGUUUCUCACUGUUGUCGGCGGGGAUGAAAAGUCUGGUUUUCACAUUGGUUACUUCAGAGACGAUCCAAAGGAAAUGCCGUCUUUUGUUGCAUCUAAUUGUGCUCAAGAAACUUGUGAGAUCAAGCGAAUGGGGGAAACACUAUUCGCAGCAGUGAGGGCUCAUAUUCAGACAAAACGCAUCUCAACGAAGGACAAACGUAAACAUGAUCAGCUGAUGGAAUUGGAGAAAUCGUUAGUGGCUGCAGCACAAUCAGCUUGCAUUGCUUCCGAUGUGAAGAAGCCUUCUGCUAUAGCUAAAGACAGAUACAAGAGAGUCGUUGCUAAAACUUUCCACAAGGCAGGCAUUGUUGUCUCAGUUGAUGAAAAAGAAGUGGGAUAUCGACCUCUAGGCAUCACUGAUGGUCAACUGAAAACAUUACUGGCAGAUAUAAGGAAAUGUAGCAAUGAGAAGAGUGUUGCUAAAGAAGAUGAGCUACAAGAAUUAAUCACUUAUGUCCAGUUUGCCAAUGAUGAGUGUGAUUAUGGCAUGGGACUGGAGCUGGGAAUGGACCUGUUCUGCUUCGGAACUGGAUUUGAAGACAAAGCAGCUAAUCUACUCUCCAUGGCAUACUCAUUACUCGCUAGAGACGAAUUUGCAACCAUUGCAGAGGUACAUUCGAAAAAUCGCAGUCGACCAUCACUAAGCCAACUGGAAGUAUAA